AUGAAUUUUCAAUCAAUUGGUUGUCAAACGAGCGAUGAAUUCAUUAAUGAAGAGUUGAUUCAAAGAGAAGACAAUACAAGACAUGAAACACAAGACAAUAGAGAGAAGACAAGCGCUGAAGAAGUGGUCGACUCUGAAGAUAAUGAAUCAAAUGAUAGCAUCGAUUGUCAUAUUAAUGAUGAGAUAAACGUUGGAAGUGAUACCGAAGACAAUGAAGACAACAAUGAUAUGAAUGAGAACUUGAAUAAUAAAACUAAUGAAUUAAAUGAUAAUUUAAGUGAUAAUCAAAGAGGGAGUGAAUUGAACACAACAUAUGAUACACGGAAACGAAAGUACACUUUUAUGAUCAACAUAUCGGAAGAAUAUGGACGCGCUAUGAGUGACAAUUCAGACGAUGAAUGGAUGGCUGGGAUACGGACCACACGGGGAUCGGACGGGAAGUAUGUGUGCGGUCUUAAGGACUGCGGGAAGUCAUUCACCGAUCACUCGCUUCUAGUGAUGCAUGUGUUCAGUCAUUUGAACGCUAGGAUGAAGAAGUUAAUGAAGUUUAAGAGGAGACCCGACGGCCAAUACGUCUGUUGUCAAAGGGGUUGCGAUGCCAUCCAUGAAGAUAUCGCUGCCCUCCGGGUCCACCAAAUGUCACAUUUGGGAGGCGAAGACAAUGAGGACAACAAUAAUCAUACGAAUGAAGCGUCAGUUAUGAAGAGAAGUGAAUUGAACGCAACGACAGAUAUUACUCGUAAACCUAAUGGUAAACGAAAGUACACUUCAAUGUAUAGCGAUGUGAAUGACAGCGAAGCGCAGGAAUAUGGACGCGAUUUUAGUGACAAUUCUGAUGAAAAACAGUUGUGUGAUAAACAACUGCUAAAGACUUCCGAUGGGAAAUACGUGUGCGAUUACAGGGGCUGUGGACUGCAGUUUAGUUAUUCUUGGGGUCUGAGAGUCCACUAUUAUAAGCAUUUGAACGCAAAGACCAAGAAAUCAAUGGUAUUUGAGAUGCAGACUGACGGCCGAUUCGAGUGUCUAAUGACCGAUACGUGUUAUCCGAAAUAUAAAAACUUCGUUGACCUCCGGGCGCACCAAAUGUCACACUUGAACCUACCGUUUGCUGACUAUUGCGACACCGAUUUGAGUGAUAAUCAAAUGGACGACAAUUCGGACGACGAAUGGAUUGUUGGGAAACCUGUGCGGAAGGAACCGAAUGGGAACUACCGGUGCGACUACAGGGGCUGUGGAUUGCAAUUUAGUUUCUCAUUUGGUCUAAGAACCAAGAAAUCAAUGUUAUAUUCGCGGUAUGGAUGGUCUGGUAUCGGGCCAUUCAUGUGUUAUAUGUGCCGCUGUCACCCCUCCCACACAGACGUGCGUCAACUCCGGGCCCACCAAAUGUCACACUUGAGAGACCCGUCGGAAGACUAUUUCGGUUCGAGUGAUGAAGAAAUGGACGACAAAUCGGGCGAUGAAUGUAUGGCUGGUAUACGGAUGCGAAAGGCAUCGGACGGCGAGUACGUGUGCGGCCAUAAAGACUGCGGCAAAUCAUUGACCGAUCACUCGCUUCUACCGAAGCACGCGUUCAAUCAUUUGGACGUCAGGACACAGAGAGAGCUGACCCACAGGAAGAGAUCCGACGGCUUAUAUGUGUGUCAAUCGGACGCUUGCGAUGUGCUCUACAAAGACUUGGCUGACCUCCGGGCCCACCAAUUGUCACACUUAAGUGAGCCCUGGAUUUGUCGACAAUCCGAAGGCGCCGAUGAAUGGAAGGAAGCAUUGAGUUCCGCACUUCGGAACAAAACAGGUCUCAAAUUAUUCGGUCAAACGAACGAUGAAUCCAUUAAUGAAGAAUUGAUUCAAAGAGAAGACAAUACAAGACAUGAAACACAAGACAAUAGAGAGAAGACAAGCGUUGAAGAAGUGGUCGACUCUGAAGACAAUGAAUCAAAUGAUGGCAUCGAUUGUCAUAUUAAUGAUGAAACAGAUGUUGGAAGUGAUGCCGAAGACAAUGACGACAACAAUCAUAUUAAUAAAGAUAUUACAAGAGAUGAGACACAAAGCGAAUCCAACAUUGAUUUUAAACCAAUAAUUGGUAGAAAUAAUACCGAAAACAAUGAGAAUAACAAUCAUAUGAAUGAAGACUUGAAUAAUAAAACUAAUGAAUUGAAUGACAACUCAAGUGGUAAUCAAUGCUCUCAUGAAUUAAACACAACAUAUAAUACACGGAAACGAAAGUACACUUCAAUGCAUAGCGAAGACAAUGACAGCGAAUGUGAAGAAUAUAGACCUGAUUUGAGUGACAAUGAAAUGGACGACAAUUCUGGCGAUGAAGGGAUGUCUGGGAAACCACUUCCUAAAGGAUCGGACAUGAAGUUAGUCUGCGAGGACUGUAUGAAGACAUUCACUGAUCAAUCAAGUCUACGAAAGCAUUCGUGUAAUGAUUUGAAUGCGAAGACUAAGAAUUCAAUGGUCUUCGAGCAGAGACUGGACGGCCGAUACGCGUGUCUUAUGGCCGCCUGUAAUGCGAUCUACGAUAACACGGCUGAUCUCCGGUCGCACCAAAUGUCACACUUGAAUGAGAAGUUUGCAAACAAUUGUGAUUUAGAUUUGAGUGACAAUCAAAUGGACAACAAUUUCGACGGUGAAGGGAUGUCUGGGAAACGGUUGCGAAGAGCGCCGAACGGGAAGUACUUGUGUGACUACAAGAGCUGCGGGAAGUCAUGCACUACCCGAUCAAAUCUACGAAAGCAUAGAUCCACUCAUUUGAGUGAUCAGAUGAAGGCAUCGAUGGUCUAUAAGAGGAGAUCCGACGGCCAUUUCGUGUGUCUAAUUAACGCCUGUAACGCUGUCUUCAACGCCAAGCAGGCCCUCCGCACCCAUCAAAUGUCACACUUGAAAGACUCGUUAAAGUGUCCGCAAACCGACCGCCCGUUUGCGGCCCACACGCGGGCGGCCUUUCAAAGGCACGCGAAGACACACAUAAUGCGGGAAAAGUGUCCACCGAUUGACUGUCCGAAUGAUGCGAACGAAGAAUUUAAUGACGAAUCAAUUGAUAGUCAAAUAAAGACAAAAACUAAUGACAAACGCAAACAUAAAUCCGCGGAAAGUGAAGACAAUGACAGCAAAACUGCAGAAUACGGUUCCGGUUUGAGUGACAAUGAAAUGGACAAUACAUUUGGCGUUGAAUGGAUAGUUGGAAACCCUUUGCGAAAGUCUCUUAAUGGCAAAUAUGUGUGCGAUUACAGGGGCUGUGGAUUGCAAUUCAUAACCCCCUCAACACUAAUGGGCCAUCAAUUUAAACAUUUGAAUGCAAAAGCAAAGAAGUCACUCGUGUUUAAAAAGAGAUCCGACGGCCGAUUCGUGUGUCUUAUAGACGAAUGUAAUGCUGUAUUCACAGGGCGUCGACACUUCAGAGGUCAUCAAAUAUUACACUUUAAAGAGCGGUUAAAGUGUCCGCAAACCGACUGUCCGUACACUGCGGUCAGCCGUUCAGCACUCGUUCAACACCGGAAGACACACCCGAAGCCAUACGCGUGCGACACGUGUGGCCUGAAGUGCAGAAGCAAUACGUUGUUAAGGAAACAUAAGCGCAGACAUAACGAUACGUUGAAGUUUCGGUGCGAAUGGCCAGAGUGUGGCCGACUCUUUGUAAAUAGAUCUCUAUUAAGAGAACACAUGAACACACAUACGGCUGCCGUUCACCACCCGUGCGAAUGGCCCGGUUGUGGACAAUCUUAUACUAAUAAAGGCUCGUUAUCUAUGCACGUUUCAAGAGUGCAUAAAGGGUUGGCUGAGUAUCGGUGCCAUUGGCCAGAGUGUGACUAUCAGAGCACAAAUCGCAUCCGACUUAACAAUCAUAUCCAUAGACAACACGAGGGUUUGGAUGACUACCAGUGCUCUCAUACGGGAUGUGAUUAUAAGACAUCAAAAUGUGCGCAGUCGCAGUACAAAAAGCACACCGACUUCUCUCUCCCACUCGCCAUCCGUUUCCACCCUUUAGUCGUUCGCCUGCCGUCGAGACGAACACUACAUAACGACUCGUUUUCACCGAAAACACGUGUUUUCAUCGCAAUGUCUAACCGAAGAGGACGUCGGCAACAGCCGGCGCCGCCUCCAGUCCUCACUCGUGCCGGCAGUCAGUCGAUGACUUCCACGAUGAGCGACGACGACAUCAGACGUUUGGCCGCGAGAUUGGCUCUAUUGGCGCCGUUAGCGCAGGGCAGCGGUACUGUGAACGUUACGGCUCCGCCCGUCUCACACCCGUCCACCGCAUCGACAGUCCCCGCAAAUACGGUGACCACGACUAGAGCCGGAUCACGAAUGACUCGCUACACAUUCGGUCCACAGCAACGAUCGGCGUCUUUGUCACGCAUCACAUCGGCUCAAACGCCACAUCAGUCACAGCCAACGCCUGCGCCGGCACCGCAGCCGCCGCCCGCACCGGCACCACAGCCGCCGCCUGCACCGGUUGCGCAACCCAGAGGCCGACCCUCUGCGGCACUCGUACCACCGCCGGUACCACCGUUUCGAUCACAGCGUUCCGCACCGCAUACGGUAUCGCAACCAUUUCAGCAGCCGUCGGCACCGUUAGCCGCAGCGGCUCCGACACAGCCCUCGACUCAGCCCACGACUCGUAGAUCAACUCACGUGCUCUGCGAUAAAUACAGCGGCGAUACGGACGAAGUCAAUGUCGACGAUUGGCUCCGUGUUUACGAGACCGUUACUAUCGAUUACACGGACUACGAGCGCGUGAUCGCACUCCCGCGCCAUCUCUCCGGUCGUGCGAUCGAGUGGUACGCGAAGAACAUCACGGAAUACGCCACCACCAUCUCGUGGGACGAGUGCGCGAACUCUAUGGUCGAACGUUUCGACAUUAACCGCGAAAAUUCGUAUCGCGCAGCCGUCAGUCGUCGCCUACAAAACGGAGAAUCGGUAUCCGACUAUUUCCACGAAAUGACUCGACACAUGUCUAACGCCGACGUCUCUGAACGCAAUCAACUCGUAAUGUUGACCGACGGUAUGUCGGAUUAUUAUCGCCCGCAUCUCUCAACGGCCGCUCCGCAAAGCAACCGCGAGUGGUUUAACAUAGCACUCGCCCUCGAAAAGGCAAAACCGCAGACGUCUGGUAGCCGACAACAGGCCGCCUAUUACGACGAGACCGACAAUGAAUCGCAACAAAACAGUCGUCGCAACACUGGACGGAAAUUUGAUAACUCGAAACCGCCGCCCGGCCCGUGCCGACACUGUGGCGCUAAUCAUUGGAACCGCGAUUGUCCGCAGCGACGAACCGCAUCGCAUCAGAACUCGUCCGCGCAAUCGACUUCAACGCAAGCGCCCAUCGCAUCAAAUUCGUCAAUCAAUACGAUAACGACACCGGGUUUCAUAUAUUACGAUACCACUGUCGACGGACACCCCGUUCGCGCCUUCAUCGACACCGGUUCGCACAUAACCGCCAUCUCAAAGGCCACCGCCGACAGAAUUGGUCUUAAGCCCGACCCCCGUACCGCACAAACGCUAAGUCAUGUUAACGGUCAAACUCGUACCGAAGGAAGCGCUAAAGCGAAGGUUCGUCAUCGGAACAUCGAAACAAUCGUAUCAAUCGUAAACCGUACCCAUCGAUACCAACUCGAACGCCAUGCCCGCACUGCUUCUACGAUCACGGAAAGCGUGAAAUGCAUUGGCGCCGUCACUGCCCGCGCAUCUGUUGUACUAACGGCUCCUGUCGUAAAUCGCAAUCGAAAGCCCGUACGACUAUCACUUCAGCGCCGGACGCGCACUCAAAGACUCGAACUUCUCGUUCCCGAAACCAGACACGCAUUCAUGAAACGAAACACAACGUAUCGUCGUUUCAUAUCGAUAAAUACGACACUAAUUGCGAGCAUUUCCCGAAACAUCUCGAGUAUCGCAAUACUCAGUCGAGUGCUCGACAAUCGCUUAACGAAACAAACCGUAACUCGUCUGUCGGACCCGAAGGUCCCGAUCCUAUCGAACAGACCCGCUGUUCCGCCAAUACUCGCUCACGAAGAGCCCGAACCGAAUCAAAACUUUGAAUCCGUAAAUCACGCAAACAAUCGUAACGAACGCCCGAAGAAUGACAACUCGUCGCCCACUUCUCAAUCGUUCGCGAGUUUCGACAAACAAUCGCAUUCAGUCCUAAACGUAUCCGAAGAUUGGAUCGCAAGAAAUAUCGUCUCCGAAGUCAACGUAGACUAUCGCCGACUACAAGCGCGUGGUAUCGGACACGACCACCGCGUCGAGAGUACUCUCCGCGGCCAAACCGGGGGGAAUGUAAGCGCAGUCGCAGUACAAAAAGCACACCGACUUCUCUCUCCCACUCGCCAUCCGUUUCCACCCUUUAGUCGUUCGCCUGCCGUCGAGACGAACACUACAUAA